AUGAUGUUGACUACAUAUGUAAAUGGCACCAAGAAAGAUCUUGUUGUUGCUGUCCAGAAAAGUGGCUAUGCUUGGGCUUUAGAUCGCAACAAAGGCAAUCUCGUUUGGUUAACGGAAGCUGGCCCCGGAGGAUUUGCAGGAGGUGGAACGUGGGGGGCAGCAACUGAUGAAAGGAGGGUUUACACCAACAUUGCAAAUUCCCAGAACAAAAAUUUCACUCUUUUCCCAUCAAAUAGGAUUACAACCACUGGUGGGUGGGUGGGAAUGGAUUCCUCCAAUGGAAAAAUUCUAUGGUCCACGGCUAACCCAAGUAAUAGCAGUGCUAGUGGCCCAGUUAGUGUUGCAAAUGAAGUUGUCUUUGCUGGAUCCACGGAUAAAGAGGGAUCCAUUUAUGCAAUCAAUGCUAUGAGUGGGAAAAUUUUAUGGUCCUAUAAAACUGGUGGCAGUGUCUAUGGAGGCAUGUCAAUUGGCAAUGGGUGCAUAUACGUGGGUCAUGGAUACAAUGUAAAUCUGGGGCCUCUCUCGAACUUGACUAGUGGAAUCUUCCUCUUUGCUUUCUGUGUCUAA